CACAGUACAUGUGCCGCAUGAAGUUAGAGGGAAAUUACACUGUACGAUACGUACGCAAGGAAAAAAAAUGGACACUUCUGAAAUUGUGGACAAAGUGUUGAGGAAUGCUGCGGAGGAAGAGAAGAAGUACAAGUCUAUAGAAGUACAGCGAGAUGUAGAAGUAGAAAUCGACUUAGGGAAUUUGCUGGCCUGUGACCCAAAUGCAUUAGAUUUAAAGAAAUAUAGAGUCAAUAAAGGAGAUUAUCUCUCAUCUAUUGCUAGGGAUGCCACACAACUCUUAUUCAACCAGCUCUGGAAGCUUCCUGUGCACAGAGUUGAGGAUGCCAUUACUGUCAAGCUACCAGAACCAACUACAGUCCUGCCAAGAGAAAAGAGAGUACCGAAGGACAGGCCAGCUACCAAAUGGGAAAAAUACGCCAAGCAGAAAGGAAUCAUGAAUAAAAAAAAGAGCACCAAAGUCUGGAGUGAGGAGGAAGAGAAAUGGAUUCCUAGAUUUGGGUACAAGAGCAAGAAUGACCUAAAAAAAGAUUGGCUUCUUGAAGUACCAGCCAAUGCAGAUCCCAUGGAGGACCAAUUUUCCAAGAAGAAGAAAGCCAAGCAGGAGAGAGUAGCCAAGAAUGAGCUUCAGAGGCUUCGGAACAUCGCCAGAGCAAAAAAAAGAAAAGUUCCAGGAGUGGGGCUCACUCCAACAGAGAAACCAGACAAAACCAUGGUCAAUAAGGCCAUCCAUUUAUCCAAGCAUUCUACAGCAUCGAUAGGAAAGUUUGAAAACAAACUGCCCAAGGAACCACUGAUCAAGAAUCUUGGUAAAAGACGAAAGUUUGAACCUGUCAUGGGUUCCUUGAAGAAGGAACAGGAUCUUCAGAAAAACAUUUUAGAUGGACUUUCAAGAAACAGACCUGAGAUGAAUGUCACUAAGGCUGUGAACAGACAGAUCAGGGAGGAGCAACAGAGUGCGGCGGCUGAGAAGAGAGAGGGACGGAAGGGCGGAAAAGGAAAGGGGUCGAGGAAAGCCGCGCCCAAGACUGCUGGAAGGAAAAGGACCAAAGGAGGAGCGCGGGGCAAGAAGCGAUGAGGUUCCUCACGCACCUUCUUCAGAAUACAAUGCUCUUGAACUCAUGGACUACUUGUAUAAUACUCAUCGUUAGGUUUUUGUGAAGUCAUUCACAACGGUCAGCAGGAUCCACUACUCUUCAUACGUUUUGAAAGCGACUAUACAGGAAAUGCAUUUCAAGAUUUGUGUAGAUUAAUAAGUGAAGAAGAGAGAAGCAGUGAUGUCUACGUAAUGUAUCGAUAUGAAUUGGCGUCUCCAAUAGUCAUUGUUCAAAUCAAUUUUCUCAGGAGAGAUUUAUUUCAAUGCCUUACACUUUGAUAAGGGCAAGUCCAUUGUAUUUAUAGUUGCUCUGUGUACUAUGAGUUACCAAGUAUCAUAAGUUAUCAAAUAUAAUAAACAUUGAAUACAUAAUCCUUUCUCUCCUCCAAGCUAUAGUAGUGCUAUCAAAUUUAUAAAUUUAUGAAAUGGACUAAAAUCUUUGAUGUAGUCUGUAACUUGUGGGACAAAAUACUUUGGACUAGCUCAUAAGUAAACCAGUUAUAAACAUAUAUCUAGAUAAUCCAAUCCAAUCCAAAAGAUAUUUGAUAUAGCGCCUUUUCCUUAAAAUAAAAUUUAUCAGGCGCUUAAUACAGGUGUUUCUAAGUGCACCAUUGUCUGACUUAAAAUUACCAACUAAAACUUGUAAUAAACACAAAAAAUAUAAAUGUUUUUUAUUCAAUAAAUCAUGCAUAUAUAAUAACAAAAAUAAAAAUGAGAUCAAACAUAAGGUCAUACAUAAGAUCAAACAAAAUAUCAAACAAACAAAGAAUAAGAUGGUGUGCACCUCCUUUGACUGACUCACAACUGCAUAAUAGCAUUCAUGAAUUAAAAAGGUGCGUUUUCAGUAAGGACUUAAACUGGUCAAGAGAAUGAGUAUUAUCCAAAUCAAUGAAAGGGGCCACAAAAGAAUACGUCUUCCAUGUUAAUUAUACAUUUGUGUUAGGUGAGUCAUGCUACUGUAAUUGAAAUCCCUUUUAAAUUUUCUUUUCAAAGCAAAAUUGGCCAUUGCUACGAGUAUGAUGACCAUGUUCAGUGACUUUAAAGGAUUACAAUACAUUGACAGAAAUUGUUCUUAAAGGGCCCUCCAAAGAGUUUUUAUAGAUAAAAUCACCCUGAACCUCCUUCUUA